AUGGCCAGCAUGACAGAGGAAGACAUGACACUAAUCAAAGAGGUCAUCAAAUUGACCUCAGGCGAUGCUGGGGGCAGAGCGGUGGCCUCAGACCUCCUUCACUAUUCUUCAGCUCUUGAUCCACGCUUCAAAGACUUGGCUUUCCUGGAUGACAGCGACACCAAGGACACGAUAUUCAUGAAGCUAACUACAGAGGUGGUGAAGAUGGAUGAAAAGGCAGGAGACAGGAACACAUUGAACGAGAGUCAGGCAGCUGAAACAGGAGGUGACAGGAGCACCCACAGAGAGGAAGAGACAGCUGCUGUUCCUCCCAAGAAGAAAACGGCCUUGGACCAGAUGUUUGGGGAAUUCCAGACUGCGAGAGCACAGACGACAAAGAGCACAAGGGAGAGCGCUAAGGAGGAAAUUUUAAAGUACAGAGAAAGGGACUCUUUAGGUCUGAGUGGUGAUGUGCUGCAGUGGUGGAAAAAACAAAUGGAUCUUCCACUGCUUUCAGCAUUGGCAAAGAGCUACAUCUCCACCCCAGCUACAAGUGUACCCUCUGAAAGAGUGUUUAGCACAGCUGGAGAUAUAGUUACAGCACAGCACACUUUGCUACAUCCUGAUUAUGUGGAUCAACUGAUAUUUCUUAAGAAAAACCUUAAAAGAGGACAUUUAAGUUAAAUUUAGUGUUAAUCUCAUGAGUUUGGUUUACAGCAUCCUGUGACUGCCUAUACUAUUUUUUUUAAAUUUUAUUUUAUUUUCAUUUUUUUU